GACUCAACGAUUAGUCCGGCUUUGAGUGAGCGCCUCAGUAUUGUAGCGGGCGCACGACUCUGGCUGAGGAAUAGUCUAGCUACCGGGCUUGUGAAUAUUGUAUCCGCCGAGCUUUGUAAAUCUUUACGGAUCGAACAGCCAACAUGGAAUUAGAAGAUCCUGUGGCAUUUUUGCGAGUUUCUGACAAACUCGCCCGGCUAGAAGAGAGCAAAGCCUUUGAGAGCAAGAAAUGGGUCUGGAUUGCGGAUCCUAAAGAGUGUUUCAAGGCUGCCGAAGUGAAAAGCUCGAAGGGAGAUAUCUUUGUUGUUGAAACAAACGAUGGGCAGGAACGUGAAGUCAAUAAGAAUGACACUGAGCAGAUGAACCCGCCGAAAUUUGAAAAGGCAGAGGAUAUGGCCAACUUGACUUACUUGAAUGAAGCAAGCGUUCUUCACAACCUCAAACAACGAUACUUUGCAGGCCUCAUUUACACAUACUCUGGCCUUUUCUGUGUUGCCAUCAAUCCAUACAGAAGACUUCCUAUCUACACAGAGAAGAUUGUCUUUGCAUACAGAGGUAAACGCCGACCGGAGAUGCCACCCCAUAUCUUCUCCAUUUGUGACAAUGCCUAUCAUGACAUGUUGCAAGAUCGCGAGAACCAGUCUAUGUUGAUCACAGGAGAGUCUGGUGCUGGUAAAACUGAGAACACCAAGAAGGUUAUUCAGUAUUUGGCUCAUGUUUCUGGACAGACAAAGCCUGGAGACCAAAAACAUGAGGGAGGAACUCUCGAAGAUCAAGUUGUUCAAGCCAACCCAAUCCUUGAGGCAUAUGGUAAUGCCAAAACCAUCAGGAACAACAACUCCUCCAGAUUUGGAAAAUUUAUCCGUUGCCACUUUGGUCCCCAAGGAAAGCUUGCUGGAGCUGAUAUUGAAUCCUAUUUGCUUGAGAAGUCCCGUGUGGUGCACCAGUUGGAGGGUGAAAGAAACUAUCAUAUCUUUUACCAGCUGUUGUAUGGUGCUUCGAAAGAAACGCAUGAAAAAUUACUCAUUGAGUCAAACAAAUCAGUAGACUACGAGUUUCUCAAGAAGGGCUCGGAGAAAGCUGAUGGAAUCAAUGAUGUUGAAGAAUUUAAAAUCACUGAGGAAGCUGCCAACACAUUGGGUUUUGCCCCGGAAGAGAAGUUUGCAAUGUACAAAAUUUGUGCUGCAUGCAUGCAUUGGGGAAAUGCCAAGUUUAAACAACGACCCAGAGAAGAACAAGCAGAAGUGGCUGAUCCAAAAGACCUGGACAAAGUGUCUUUCUUGUUGGCAAUUUCUCAAACUGACUUUGGAAAGUCCCUUGUAAAACCAAGAAUCAAAGUCGGCAGAGAAUUUGUAAACCAAGGACGAAACCUUCAACAGGUCCAGUACUCAAUUGGUGCUCUCAGCAAAUGCAUCUAUGAGAGGAUGUUUCUGUGGCUCGUUGAAAGAAUCAACAAAACACUUGAAACCAAAGAAAGACGUGCCUUCUUCAUCGGUGUGCUUGACAUUGCUGGAUUUGAGAUCUUCAAGUUCAACUCCUUUGAGCAGUUGUGCAUUAACUUGACAAACGAGAAGCUUCAGCAGUUCUUUAACCACCACAUGUUCAUUCUGGAGCAAGAGGAGUACAAACGGGAGGGCAUUGAGUGGGACUUCAUCAACUUUGGACUUGACUUGCUUCCGACCAUUGAACUCAUUGAGAAGCCAAUGGGAGUAUUUGCCAUUCUGGAAGAAGAGUGCAUUGUCCCGAAGGCAACAGACAUGACAUUCUUACAAAAGUUGAACAACAACCAUGACGGCAAGCAUCCUAAGUAUUCCAAGCCUAAAAUCUCCGGCAAGAAAGACACCAAUCACCACUUUGAAGUUGCUCAUUACGCCGGCACUGUAGGAUACAAUGUUGAUGGAUGGUUGGACAAAAACAAGGAUCCGAUCAACGAAGCUGUUGCAACACUGUUUGCCAAGUCCUCUGAUCCAUUUAUUGCUCACCUUUUCAAGGAUUACGCCAGUGAAUCUCAUGCCAGAGGCAAAGGAGGCAGCUUCCAGACCGUCAGUAGCAAGCACAAGGAACAACUUACACGUCUUAUGGAUACCCUGUACAGCACUUGUCCUCAUUUUGUGCGCUGCAUUGUUCCAAAUGAACAUAAGAAAGCUGGUGUGAUCGAGUCGUCACUUGUAUUGCAUCAGCUGAGGUGUAAUGGUGUUCUGGAAGGUAUCCGUAUCUGCCGAAAAGGAUUCCCAAACAGGGUGCCCUUCCAGGAAUUCCGACAGAGAUACCAGAUCCUGGCACCAACUGCUCUUGCUGGUGGAUUUAUGGAUGGCAAGAAGGCUUGUGAGAAGCUUCUUGAUGCCAUGCAACUGGAAAAGCAGUCUUACAGGGUUGGAACCAGCAAGGUCUUCUUCCGAGCUGGAGUCUUGGGUGAACUAGAAGACAUGAGAGAUGAAAGGCUGGCCAAAGUCAUCUCCAUGUUCCAAGCAUACUGCAAAGGUUACCUGAUGCGCAAAGAAUACCGCAAGAUGUGCGACCAAAGAAUCGGAAUUGCUGUUAUCCAACGAAACGUGAGGAAGUAUCUGUUCCUGAGAAACUGGUCGUGGUGGAGACUUUACACAAAGGUCAAGCCUCUGUUGAACAUCGCUCGUGCUGACGAAGAGAUGAGAGAAAAAGCCGAAGAGCUCAAGAAGUUGCAAGAAAGAUUUGCAAAGGAAGAAGAGCUCAGGAAAGAAAUGGAAGAAAAACUCACAAAACUGAUGGAAGAGAAGAACGAAUUGUUCCAGAAUCUGCAAUCUGAGCAAGACGCAUGUGCAGAUGCAGAGGACAGAGCCGGUCAACUGCAAAAGGAGAAGGAAAAAUUGGAAGAUCAAAUCAAGGACCUCUCCGAACAACUCGACGACGAAGAAGAGAACAGUGCUGAAAUGCAAGAAGCCAGAAAGAAGAUGGAGGCAGAAAUCAGCGAUCUCAAACAAGACGUAGAAGAUUUAGAAACGGCUCUCAAAAAGGCGGAACAAGACAUCUCGAGCAGAGAGAAAAAUGCUGAACAACUUCAGGACGAACUUGCCGCCCAAGACGAAUCCAUUACUAAACUAUCCAAAGAGAAAAAAGCGCUCGAGGAAGCGAAACAGGAACUCGAAGACCAGCUUCAAGAAGAGGAAGACAAAGUCAAUCACCUUAACAAAGUGAAAUCGAAACUUGAACAACAAAUUGACGAGACAGUAGAACAGUGGGAACGAGAGAAGAAGUCGCGCGCGGAUGUGGAGAAAGUCAAAAGGAAACUGGAAGGUGACCUCAAGAUGACCCAAGACAACUUAGAGGAUGUCAAAGGUGAAAAAGCUCGUCUCGAGGACGACUUGCGAAGAAAGGAGCAAGAGCUAAGUGAAAGCAACGGCAACAACGAAAAUCUUCUUGCACAAAUCGAGUCUUUAAAGAAGAAGAUCAGAGAGUUGGAGGCCAAAAUCGAGGAGCUGGAAGAAGAACUUGAAGCCGAGAAGAAUGCUCGAUCUAAGGCGGAACGAGCGCGAAUGGAACUCGAGAGGGAACUGGAUGAUCUGAAUGAACGGCUGGAAGAGCAAGGGGGCGCCACACAAGCACAGAUUGACCUGAACAAAAAGCGUGAAGGUGAUAUAACCAGGCUGCGGCGGGAACUGGAAGAGCAGGCAUCUCAGCAUGAACAGUCCGUCAAUAGUAUGCGAGCCAAACAGAACCAAGCCAUGCAAGAAUUGCAGGACGAAAUGGACUCCUUGAAGAAAGCUAAAUCAAAGAUCGAGAAGGAAAAAAAUGCACUGCAGGCUGAAGGAGACGAUCUUUCUGUCAGCUUAGAAACGCUGCAAAAACAAAAGACCCAGUCCGACAAGCAGAAUAGAGCCCUUGAGGAGCAGCUUAAUGACCACAAAUACCAGGUGGAGGAGUUAAAGAAGAAUGUUGCUGAACUAGAGAUCGCACGCAGUCGGCUGACUCAAGAAGGAGGAGAUCUUGGAAAGCAAGUGGAAGAGUAUGAAUCAAAAAUUACCGUAUUUCUGAAAAACAAGAAAGCUCUCGAACAGAGCGUCGAAGAGCUCAAAAGGCAGAAUGAAGAGGAAGUUCGGCUUAAACUGGACGCUCAGAACAAAUUGAAGAACGCCGAAGCUGACCUGGACAGCAUGCAGGAAACAAUUGAGGAGCUGGAGGAUGGGAAGGCUGACUUGCAGAAACAACUUGCGAGAGCAAACACCGAGAACACACAGCUGAAAGCAAAGUUCGAACAGGAAGUGUCUGGACGCUUGGAAGAACUGGAGGACGCCAAACGCAAGUUGACACAAAAACUCCAGGAGACAGAAGAAGCCCUCUCCAGCGCCUCACAAAAAGCCAGUAAUGCCGAGAAAGCAAAGAACAGACUUAACUCGGAAUUGGAAGAUGCACUUAUCGACCUGGAGAAGGCACAAACCAACGCUUCCAAUCUUGAAAAGAAACAAAAGAAGUUUGAUCAGCAGAUAAACGAAUGGAAAGUACGAUGCGACGAGCUUCAAGCUGAAGUUGACAAUGCACAGAAAGAGGCCCGUAAUUACUCUACUGAGAUGUUCAAACUGAAAGGCUUGAAUGACGAAAUGAGCGAGCAGAUGGAACUUUUGAAACGGGAAAAGAAGAGUUUGGAAGCUGAGGUUGCUGAUCUGGCGGAUCAGCUUGGAGAAGGCGGCAAGUCUGUUGUGGAAAUUGAGAAAGCAAAGAAGAGACUCGAGUUCGAGAAAGAUGAAUUGCAGAACGCCUUAGAGGAAAUUGAGGCCGCUCUUGAAGCCGAAGAAUCUAAGGUAACGCGGGUUCAACUAGAACUCACUCAGUACAAACAGGAGGCUGAGAAGAGAAUCGCCGACAAGGAUGAGGAGCUUGAAAACCUAAGGAAAAAUCACAGUCGCCAGUUGGAGAGUCUCCAAGCUUCUUUGGAAACUGAAGUGAAGUCCAAGAGCGACUUGAUGCGAGCCAAAAAGAACUUGGAAGCAGCCAAUAAUGAACUAGAGAUCAACUUGGACAAUGCUCUGAAGGCGAAUGGAGAAUUCCAGAAGAACUUGAAGAAGUUGCAACAGCAAGUGAAGGAUUUGCAGCUAAUGGUAGAAGAGGAACAACGAGGCCGAGACGAUGCUCGUGAGGCCGCCGCUAAAGCCGAGCGUCGUGUCGGUGACAUCGCUUCGGAGCUGGAUGAACUACGCAAUCAGCUCGAACAGGCUGAGCGUCUUCGCAAGCAAGCCGAACAAGAGCGCCAAGAGGCAGUGGAUAAUGCAACUCAGUUGGCCAACCAGAAUAAUGGCCUCACGCAGGCCAAGCGCAAACUGGAAGGAACCAUAAACACCAUGCAAGAGGAGGCAGAGGACCUGGAAAAUGAGGCAAAGAAUGCUGAUGACAGGGCCAAGAAGGCUGCCAUCGAGUUGGCCCGUUUGCAGCAAGAACUUCAGCAGACUCAAGACCGCUUGGCUAAUGCUGAUAGAGUCCGUUUGUCGGCUGAACGUCAGGUCAAGGAUUUGGAAGUAAAACUUGAAGACCUUGAGGCACAAGGCGGGAAAGCGCUCAAGAACCAGAUCAAGAAGCUGGAACAAAGGGUUCGAGAAUUGGAGGUCGACCUGGACAACGAGACCAGACGUAACUCUGAGAACUCGAAGAAUGCCAAGAAGACAGAACGGCGUCUGAAGGACGUGCUUCAGCAACAGGAGGAAGAUCAAAAGAACCUGCAACACUCCAAGGACCAGAUCGAUCGCCUCAACAAGAAGAUCAAAAAUACCAAGGUCAACCAGGAGGAAGCGGAGAACCUUGCCGCCCAGUACCUCGCCAAAACGCGUAAGUUGCAGUGCUGUCUAGAGGAAGCUGAGGAGCGGGCAGAGACAGCUGAGAGCGCCCUGAACAAAGUCCGUUCCCGCUCUCGUGCCGGUGUCAGUACUGGAGGAGUUGGGAGAACGACGUCCAGAGAGGUGUCGUUAAGCCGCCCUCCUCAACCGAUAGACACGAGCACACCCUUAAGAAGGUCGUCCUAUAGCCGAGGACUUUCUGCAUCGGGACGCAGUCACUCGUCUACAUCAAUGGACGACAGCAUGGAAACUUGAAAUUUGUGGUCUGAGUAGGAAGGUUGCUGGAUUUGAAGUACAAAUGAUUAAAGGACACCUUAUAGUCCGUUAGGUUUCAAUUAAUCUUUUCAAAUGUUGUUUACGCUAGCGCUUUUUGCAUUAGGGAAAUAGAUAUUCGGGGAGAAGUUAGCUCCCGCAAAUAUUUUUUCUACAAAUUUGGAAUAUGUAACUGCCAGUUAGUUUAUAACUUUAUUUUUUAAACACGAGGAACUCGAUCCGUGAACUCGUAUUUGUUAUUUCUAUUUUGUCUACAAAAUAUUUGCAGCUCAUUAAACACCUGCUUAUUCAAA